CCCAAAACGAUAGUAUUAAAAUUCGGUCGUUAAAAUGAUGUUGGUAAAUCUUUUUUUUGAGAUUGAUCUUACUAGAUCAUUAAAAUUUUGAAAUGUUUCAUUUGUAAUUUCGAAAAUGUGUAAAUAUAAUAAACUGUUAAAAUGUUGACAGUAUUGUAUUAUUAUUUAUUGUAAAUGGAAUAAACAUUCGUGUAACCUUACAAAUAAAAUACAAUUAAUACUGUUCAACUAUGGAUUUAAAACAAGGUUCAAGUACUGAUUGGUGUCCUGAUGAUUUUGAUCAAGAUGAUGAUAUUAAUAGACCAGGCCCUUCUGGAAUGAAACACAACACUGGUCAUUUUCUGAUUGGUGGUAUGAAGUUUAAAAAUAUUGACUUCAUUAAAGAUACCUUUACAGAUGAUAAUAUUGUAUUAACAGAUACUAAUGGUCGUCCAUUUGAUGUAUUAACCAAUAAUGAUAUGGAUUCCAUGACAGUUCUUGAUGAUCAAGCUACAGAUUUCGGAAUGACCAAACACUCACAAACUGUAAUGUUACCAGAAUACAACAGCAUGUCAGAAGUGGAGACUAUGGUAUCAAUGCCAGAACAGUAUUUUCAAAACGAUCUAUAUCACAUUAAAUCAAAUAAUAUGUCUCAAGUGUCUAAUAGACAUUCAGUAAUGGAUAAUCUAUCACACGAUAAUUCUUUAGUACAAAUCGAUCAGUUAUCAUUUAUUCCCAAACAAACUAAUAAUUUUGUCAAUAAUCUGGGAAGUAAUCAAGAUAUGAUUUUAGAGACUGGCAACAAUCGUUUUCUUUUUUCAGAAAAUGGUGGUAGUUAUAUUGAAGUAACAUUGAAAGAAAAUGAUGUUUUAAAUAGUGAUGAAAAUGAAUUUUAUACAGUACCUCAGUCUAGAUCUGUUCAAGAUAAUCAUAUUGCCCAGAAAAUAGUGUCUAUUGAUGAUUUAAGUUUAUUAUCAUCUCCAAAAUCACAUCAUAAUGUAGAGUUAUUAGUCAAUCAUGAAGAGUUAGUGGACGAUAUAGACACUUGUGAUAUAGCAGUUGUUGAUGAAUCACAAAUUCCUCUCAAUAGUAAUCAGUUAAAAGAUAGAAUCGAAGAAGGGUCUGAAAGUGUUUCACUUGAUGUUGAUCAUCAUCAACAUAGUUCAGGUUUUCAAAGAAUGUCAAAAGAAACAAUUGAAAAGAUAGCAGAAGAAUUUGUUAGACAACCACAACGUAUUGAUGAAGAUAUAAGUAUUAAUUUUAUCAGUAGAAUUAAUCCAAAACCACCAUCUCUAAUAGAAUAUUGGUGUGAAGAUUGUAAUAAGCUAUAUCAAAAUGAAUCAAAUUGUCCAAUUCAUCGAGUUAAUAGUAUCAUUGAUCUAGCUGUACAAACUAGAGCUAGGGCAUCAUUACCUGCUACACAUUUAAGAAUUAUGAAAAUUAAAACUCAAGAAAAUUUAAAUAAUAAGUUUGGAGUAUUUGCAAGGAAAACAAUUCAAAAACAUACCCAGUUUGGCCCAUUAGAGGGUGUUAAUAUCAAGGAUGAAGAUUGUGUUGAAGAGCCUAUCAAUGAUGAAUUUAAAUAUUUAUUGGAAGUAGAUAAACAGUUUAGACGAAUUGAUGUAUCAAAUGAAGAUAAAUCUAAUUGGAUGUGUUUUGUGCAACCAGCAAAAACGAAACAAGAACAGAACAUGAUUGUUGAUCAAAUUGGAGAUUAUCUUUAUUUUACAACUACUAGAGCAAUUUACCAACGAGAAGAGUUACGCGUUGGCUAUAGUACAUUUUAUGCACACAAACGAGGGCUGCAAGUAUUGCCUGCAGCUGCAGAAAAUAAUCAUGGCAUUUCCUCUCUUCAAGUACGAAAACCGUUUAAAUCAUUGAAAAUAUCGCAGGAAUUGUGCAAACAGUCUGAUCAUUUAAGAAAUAACUUACCUAGCAAAGGAAAAAUGAUGAGAACAUCGUCAACCCCUUGCAAAAAUAUGACAAUAAAAAGAAAAUUGUCCAAUCGAUUUGGUAAAAAUAAUUCGCAGUGUAAUCUUUAUGUCAAUGCACAGAGUAAUUCUAAAAACAAUUAUAGAAUGAAAUUAAGAUCGAACUAUAGCAUUUUAAAUAUUUUUAUGUGUGUAUCUUGCGAAUUGAAAUUCUCAAAACGUGAGACAAUUUUAAUACAUAUUAAAAUGCAUGACGAUGAGUUUGAUGGUGAACGAGUGACGUUAACCGAUACCAGUUGUCCGGAAUGUAAUUCUGAGUUUCAUCUAAACGAAGAACUAAUUAAACACGUUUACGUGCACAGUUUUACGGAUAAUCGAAUGGGCCUAGGUGGUACCAUUUACAACUGUCAUCAGUGCGAAAGGAGAUAUAGAAAUGCUAUUCAUCUAAAGGCACAUCAAGCAAAACACAAGGAAAAUGAUCUCAAGCCUUACAAAUGUAACAUGUGUGACAAGCGUUUUAUGAACACUGUCGUCUUAACGUGUCACGUGCGCACUCAUUUUGAGGGUGUAAUUUACGACUGUCCCAUGUGCCGUUUGACGUUUGUCGAUUUGAAAUCAUUAAAGGGACACGUUUAUUCGCACGCGGUGAACAACAUCUUCUAUUGCCCGAUGUGUCCACUUCAAUUUAACACUUAUAAAUCGAUCAGAAAGCACAUCCGAGCUCGUCAUCACGGUAUUGAGUUUGGAUGCGAAUAUUGUAAUAGUUCGUUCAACAGCCGUUUCAAUCUUAAUUUACACAUGCUUAGCCAUUCAGAUCAAAGAGAUUUUUUGUGCACUAUGUGUGGUAAACAGUACAAGAGGAAAGACAAACUGAAAAUACAUAUGAAUAAAGUUCAUUAUUCCAAGAAAAAACCAUCGAAAACUCUAUUAAAAUUAGAAGCUAAAGCAGAGAAAAGAGCACAACAAAUUCAAUUAAAAACAGCAAAAACAAUGUUGGAGUAUGAAAGUUCAGAGUUCAGGUGUGAUAAAUGUUUGGUGGGUUUUAAAAGAAGAGGCGUUUACGUUAAUCAUUUGGUAUUGAGACACCCUGAAAUAAAUCUUAACUCGGUACCGUCACUCAACCAACCGGUCUUGCCUAAAGCCAAAAUGUACAUGUGUUUGUACUGUGAUAAAAUGUACAAAACGAAUGCCAAACGGAAAUCGCACAUACUAAAAAAUCACCCGGAUUGCGAACUCCCCGAAAAACCAACCGAUAAAACGAUUACUAUUGAUGACAGUCCGUCCAGUCUAGUGACUACCAGCACGGCUGCCACUGGGUCGUCACAGGCGCAUAGCUGCCAGUGGUGUUACAAACAAUACGUGCUAAAAAAUAAACUUCUAAGACAUCAACGGGCACAACACUACCAUUUGUUGCCUCCGUCUCUACAAGAACCUCAACCAUCGAAAAAGUUGGGGUAUAAAGUAAAAAAGACUAAUCAUCCCCCUCAAACGGUCAAUAUUCAGUUUACUGAUACAGACGGUUUUGAAUUAACGGCCACCGACAUACAGCUGGACAAUCCAAUCGAACCGGGCAGCAUAAUAGCCAUCAAACGGCCCAUAAAAGGAAAUUCACAAUACAUGUCGCAGACCAUGCAAAACCUGGGCCUGAGCACGGCCAACGGCGGUUUGAACGAAGAGCAGUACUAUCGGAUAUUGGACACGCAAGGCGAUGUGGCUUACGCUCAGGUCAUCGAUUCGCCCGUCACUUUACUGACUUUUGCCGGCCAGACCAUUCAACAGGUGCUGUCUUCGUGCAGCGCGGCUACGGUAUUGACAACUGACUGCUGCACGGCAACGACAUCGACCGGAGGCAGUUGCACGACGUCAACCGAGGGUCUUCAGUAAUAGUAGCAAUACCAUCACGACCACCGCCUGGCGAUCGCGAUAAUCAUCUUGAUCGGUGCUUACUAUGCCCAUAACCUAAGUGACGGGUGUCUUACGUUGAAGACCGUACUCGCUUGCUUUGCGUUUAAGCGUUUUGUUAGAACGUGCCUACGCGUAUUCGGUCUGGUUGAGACAAAAAUCGUUAAUUUUUUCAGUUGAGUCAUGUAUUGUUUUAAUAAUAAUUCCUCUCCUCUUCUCUCAGAUUUAAUAGGGAAAAAAAUCUAGCCUUGGUUGUUGUUUGGGAGAACUUCCUAGUCGUUUUUUGUUGCGUACCAAUUUAAACUAGUGUCUUAUUCCGACUUUCGGUCGGUCCGAAGGUCGAAUAUGAAAAAAUAAGUAUUACACGAGUUCCGAACUAAAUGCGACGAACUCACACAUACACUCUUGAGUGUACAUAUUUAUAUAUAUAUAUGAUUUAUGUUUGUAUUUGCCUAUUUGUAUGUAUAAUGACGCUGUAGGACAUUUUUCUUAUUUUUGAGAUUUUUGUCUAUGCAUAUAAAUGCACACACAAUUUUGAUUUGUUUAAGCAACUAUCCUCGCCACAGUGUGAUGUUCUAUGAAUAUAAUCACUGUAACAUUUUAAUUUUAUGUUCGUGUAUAUUACACUCGCCAGCCUUAUGAACAUUCAUUAAUUAGUGUGUUUGCAUAUUUUCAACGUAUUAUAUUUUAUAACAUAGUCAUAUUAUGGUUAUCUGUUCUAAGUCACAAGUUCCUUGUUUAAAAUAAAUUUGUGAUAUUAUUGUUUUUAUUUUCGCAUACUUUUUCUGUAUUACUGUAUAAUUUAUUGUUUUGAGAACAAGUCUUAAGUUAUUAUUGUUUUUAAGUUUAUAUUUGAAUAAGCAGAGUGCAUCAUAAUAGUUUCACAAUUUUAUUUUAAAAUUGAAUGUAAAUAGUUGGUUAAAUCUUCAUAAUUAAUCCAUAAUUUAUAAAUAAUUUAUAACUAUAUGAAAUAUAUAUGCAAAUAGAUAAAUAUAGCAGUUAAGAGUAUCAAUAUGUGUGUAUCACUUUUAUGAAACUUUAUAAUAUUCUAUACAUCUUUUACCUAUAAUAAUUGUCUUAAAGUUUACUUUCUUCAUAUUGACUAUUUAUAUAUAUAUUGUCAUAAAUAAUUAUUGAAUUAAGAUUAUUUCUGACAAAGAUAGAAAUAUUUUUAAUUACAGUAGAACUACGAUUAUUCGAACACUAGUCAACCGGAUGAAAAAAAAAGAAAAAGUCGGUUUUUUUAGUUUUAAAAUAUAUUACAUAUUAUAAUUAAAGCUUAUUUUGUUUCAGUUAAAUAUUUUAAUAAAAUUAUUUGUUUAUGGUUAUGAAUUUUAAAUUAUAUUUCACACGUAUUAAUAAUAAAUACAUACAUACAAUAUUAUAUUCAAUAUUCAUACAAUUAUAUAAUCUUUGAUAUGUCUUAUGUCAAUCAUCCGGAUAUUUGCUUAUCCGGACUACCCUUGACAUUAAUUAGUCCGGAUAAUCGAAGUUCUACUGUAUAUUGUGGUGUAUAAUGGGUAUCAGUUGUCUGAAGUUUUGGUAAAAUAAAACAAAAUAAUAUUAUUUUAUUAUAUUGAUCAUGUGUUGAAGGUAAUAAAUUAAUUAUUAAUUUUGUAGAUAUUAUAAUUUCAAAUUUUUAGGUGCUUUUAUGGAAAAAACUAUAACUAAUUUGUUAAUAAUUUAUAUAAAAUAUAAAAUAUUGAUUAAGAAAUAUACCAUUAUUUUGAUGAAU